AUGACAUCACUUACGCCAAAGCAAUCUCCAGUUGAAUCUUGGGAUCGUUUACCAUCAGAUUGGCAUAAUGAUGAACGUAUGGAUGCAUUAUUUGCAUUUUUUAAAGAUCGUGAAUUGAAUCCUGUUCAUUAUGAUGCGAAAAUGAAAUUUUGGAGUGAAACAAUAAUAAAUUAUUGUGAAGAUCAUGGUAUUUUACAAAUUGAUAUUUCGACGAUCGUUUCACGUUUUCGUCGUAAAGGAAAAACUUCUAAAUGUUUGGAUAAAAUAUUUGAAGAACUGAUAAAACAACGCCGCCUUAUAUCAACAAAUGAUUAUACCUAUUCACAACAAUCAUCAUGGGUAUCGUGGACAUUUAAUAAAUUAACAAGUCCACUGACUAGUUUGAUGUCGACAAAAAUACCAGUCGAUCAAGAUAUUUUUGUUAUCAAAGAACUUGUUGAUAAAAAAGCGCAACAAGUAAUUGAAUCUUUACAAUCACACGUUUGUGUAGCAACAUUUGAUUGUGUUAUUUCAUAUGGUUCAUUUAUUGAUGCAUGCCGUCGAUGUGCAUUAAUUGAUGAAAAUUCAAUUAAUUUAAUUAUAUCAACAUUAGUACGAGAUAAAAAGAUUUUAAUCGAUUAUGUUGGAGAAACGAAAAAUGUUAAAGUUGUUAAAUUUAUUGCACCAGGAACCCCAACUGUUCGACCAAUCACUGAAAUAGAAAACAGUGUGCUUUUAUUACGCCAUUCAAAAGAUCGUUUAGAAGAACAAUUGAAAAAAUCUGAUGAGCAAAUGGAAGGAUUACUGACUGAUAUUCGUCGUCAUUUGAAAAAUAGUAAUCGUACAGCAGCUAUGAAAUUAUUACGUAAGAAAAAAAUUCUUGAACGUGAAUAUGAAAAAAAAGAUCGUACUGUGGAACAUCUCAAUACUGUUUUAACACAAAUCGAACAAACAGAUUGUUCAUCAUUGGUGAUCAAUGCUUAUUCGUCGGGUGUUCAAGCUCAUAAAGAAUUAUUACGUAAAAAUGGUCUAACACCAGACGCAGUUGAAGAUAUGAUUGAUGAAGUACAUGAUAUGCUUGAUACACAAAAUGAAAUAGAUGAUGCAAUAACUCGACCAUUAGCUAAUGACACAACUGAUAUGACAGAAUUGGAAAUUGAACUUGAAGAAUUAUUAAGGCAACCAAUACCACCAACACCAGCAGUAACUACUGUUCCAAAUGCUAAUGAUAUAAGUAACAUAUCCAUACCUAAUGAAGCUAUUAAAAUACCUGAAGAAGACCCAUUUGCUGAUCUUGAAUUACGUCUUCAAAAAUUAGGUGUUAAAGAACCUACACCUAAUAAACUAGCUGACGUAGCAUCAUCAAGUCAUUAA